AUGCAAUGGCUUACCCGUGAUAUUGCUGCUCGCCUAGCCAUUCGCAACCAUCUGCCAGUAGCUGAAUGCGAGCAUUUUGACCAGGCAAAGACUGCUAAGGCCCUCUAUGACGCUGUUGUUGCACGUUACUCUUCCCCUGCCACUGCAGCGCUUAGUCGCCUAUUCCUUACCUACCUUAUCCCCGACCUGUCCUCAUUCGCCACUGUAGACAACCUCCUCUCCCACCUUCGCGCUAUGGACAUUCGUUACAGUGCUGUCCUCCCUGCUGAGUUUCUCCCCAAGAACGAGCCCCUGAUCUACAUCACUCUCCACUUUAUAGUGACCCGCCUCCCUGACUCUCUUAGUGCAGUCCGGGACACCCUUCUCGCUCUCCCCUCGACAGACCUCACUAUCGACCUGCUAGGGAAGCACCUUCUUGCAGCUGAGGCUAACAUAGUCGCUGUAGGUGCUACCCGUGGCACCCCUCGCACGCCCUUCUUUGAGGGGUGCUCCCCCUCCCCCCUUGCCCCCUCUGUUGCCUCUGCCGCUGCUGUCGACUUCCUUGGUGCUGAGGAGGUCGGGGCUGCUUCCGCUCCUAGUGGGAAGCGCCGCAGCGGCAAGGGCAAGGGAGGCAAGGGUGGUGGGAGUGGCGACGAGGGGGUGGUGGUGGAGGUGGUUGGGGUGGCGGAGGUGGUGGAGGUGGCGGUGGGAGUGGUGGAGCGAGUGGGGGCGUCGGCGGCGGAGGUGGCGGCGGCGGCGGAGGUGGUGGUGGCAGGUCGUGGUGGCAGUGGGAGCAGUGGUGGCGGGAGUGGCAGCGGCGGGAGUGGUGGUAGCGGCGGUGGUGGUGAUCGCUCUGGCGCAGUUCAGCGGCAGCAGCAGCAGCGUCCGCGUGAGACCCUUUCGUCCGAGCAGCUUUGUGAGUGGCUUGCUCACCCUGCGGCGUCUAGGGGUAGUGGUAGUGGUCGCUGCUCGCACGUUAUUCGCACAGGUCCCCGCGCUGGUCAGACGUUCGAGAAGUUUCACACCCAGCACCGCUGUUUCUCCCGCCUAGACGACGCUUGGCGUCAGGAGAUGGGCGACGAGAAUGAGCUGCCCCGCUGGGCAGAGCUGCUUUAG